AUUAGGUAAAGGUCGAGUGGAGCUGAUGGAAACUACUGCAAGUGUUGACUGAUGGUACUCUACUGGCGUGUCCUAGAAUGGCUGAAUGUAUAGAUUCAGAAUGUAAAGUGGCUGAAGCUGAUGAUACUGUUCAAGACCAACAGCACACCUCUGUACAGUGGACUAGUCAUUUCUUUCCUGACUCUACUAAUGGUGAUCUCAAUGUCCACCUGAAGCCGUUAUCAUUCCCAGAAACAACAGUGGACACUUCGUCAUGUUUCAUUGACCCAGACGCAGACUUCCCUAUCCGUUGUUUCCUGUGUUCUCUUGUAUUCAGGCCUGAGCAAUGUACCACCUCACGACCAUCUCCUGAGCUCAUAUCUCCUCACCCCCUCAAGCCAUCGACACUAUUAGUGUCUGUAGAACACUCCACUACACCUCCCUCUGUGUCUAUAUUACCUGGUAGUACGUGUGAGGGGGGCACUGCUCUGAAAUCUUUUCAAAAGCCCCCCAGAGCCAAGCUGACCCCCAGAGACGAGUGGCUACAGCAUCUGUUACUGGAACACAAGAUUGUCAUACACAAUGUACAGGAAAUAUCCAGCUUAAAAUGUUACUCUGACUACUGGCGGAGGAGAUUAGGGGAAACCCCCAUCACUGAGGUAGUCCCUGUCAUUAGGACCAAUGCCCCCGCUAAUCAAAGUGAGCUCGUCUCCGUGACAACAACACAACGUACGGACAUGCCUCGUACAGUGAGCUCUGAAGACUACUACUUAUUCAGCAGUGCCCUCCCUGAGGAGAAGACCCUCAGGCAAUAUCUGCACAAGAAGAAACUGGAGGCGGUCCUGGAGGUCCAGUCAAGAGAGAGGGAGGAUACCUCCUUCUCCAGACGAUGCUUGUUCUGUAGUCAAGUUCUCACUGGCAAUAGGAAGAGCAUCUUUCAGCACAUGUUGGACAGUCAUGGCUUCAAUGUGGGGCAGCCAGACAAUCUAGUUUUUGUGGAAAAUUUUCUGGAUUUGCUUCAGCAAAAGCUUGACAGCCUACAGUGUUUGUACUGCGAGCGUACCUUCCGUGAUAGAGUCACUCUCAAGGAUCACAUGAGGAAGAAAGGCCACAAAAAGAUCAACGCACAGAACAAGAACUACGAUAGAUUCUACAUGAUCAACUAUUUAGAGCUUGGGCUGACGUGGGAGCAGGUCCUGCAGAGACAGGGACACUGGGAUAGUGUCGGGGUCUCAGAGGAGAGUGAGUGGUUGGAGGAGCCCUCCCCACUGGAGGCCUCAGUCCACUGCCUGUUCUGUCUCAGUCCACACUCUACCAUUGAGGAGACACUCAGACAUAUGCAAGACAGUCACAGCUUUGACCUCACUUCUCUAGCCUCUGGGAUGGGGCUGGAUUAUUAUGGACAGAUCAGAAUUGUCAACUACAUCAGGAGACAGGUUCACUCCAGUGCUUGUGUUUGCUGUGGUCAGCACUUCUCAUCUCUGCCGCUCUUGUUGGAUCACAUGACAGCCAGCUCCCACUACAGAUUGCCUAGCAACAGAACAGUAUGGGAUCAGCCACAAUACUUGUUCCCCACGUACGAGAAUGAUUCACUACUCUAUGGACUCAGCGAUGAACUAGUGUGACUUGUGCAUGCUUGUGCUUGUGCUUAUGCUUAUGCUUAUGCUAUGUGUUGUGUUGCGUAUACUCUCAAUUAUUUGCUAUGUCAAUGAUUCACCAAAACUACAAGCAAUGUAAUGAUGAU